GUACCCGCUUCCCGUUCAUUCUUCCAGGGCUUCUUCUCCUCCCGUUCUCGGCCGCGGCUUCCCACCUUUUCUCCUUCGCAGCUCCAAUCGCCUUCGACGCCGAUAGUUGAUUCUUUAGCGGCAGUUUGGCAACAAGGAUGGAGGCGGAGGUGGUGGGCUCAGAGAUGGUGUUGCCGGCGGCUCUGCCCUUCAAGCGGGUGCAGAUGUCAGACAAGUAUCCGAAGGGACAGUCGAGAGGCCGCCACUGGAAGCACCUCAAGCAGAUUCUCCAAGCCGAGAACUACGCCUCCCUACCUGCCCACGAACCCAACUAUCUAAAUAUCGAGUCACCUCCAUCCUUGUAUCCAUCAAAGAAAUAUUGUGACAUGACAGGCUUUGAGGCACCAUACACUGAUCCAAGGACGAAGCUACGGUAUGCAAAUCCAGAUGUGUUCAAGCGCGUUCGAUCACUUCCUAACGAGUAUGUCCAACGGUAUCUGGCUUUGAGGAAUGCUGCGAUCAUUUUGCGAUAGGAUCUUGUUCCCUUUGUUGUCUUCCAAGUAUAUGGCUUUGCCAUCGUUUUAGUUAGGAUCUCAUCGAAGAUGAAAGAUAGUAAACCAGAUGAAUGUUGUGGAACUUUUGCUUAGGUAUUACAACUCAUAUUAUCUUCAUCACUUUUGUAAAUAUAAUCAUGUUUUCAUGGUUGCAUAUUUGUCACUUUGGAAUUACAUACCAAGUGAAAUAACAAUUUGUAUUAGGUGUUCCAUG